CGCCGCGCCGCGCUCGGCCCGCUCGGGCCUCGCUCGGUACCGUCGGGGCGGGCGGCAUGUGGCGGGGGCUGCCGGUGCUGGCCCUGGCCGGGCUGCUGCUGCUGGGCCGGGCGCCGGCGGGGCGGGCGGCGGCCUGCGAGCCGGUGCGCAUCCCGCUCUGCAAGCCGCUGCCCUGGAACAUGACCAAGAUGCCGAACCACCUGCACCACAGCACGCAGGCCAACGCCGUGCUGGCCAUGGAGCAGUUCGAGGGGCUGCUGGGCACCAACUGCAGCCCCGACCUCCUCUUCUUCCUCUGCGCCAUGUACGCGCCCAUCUGCACCAUCGACUUCCAGCACGAGCCCAUCAAGCCCUGCAAGUCUGUGUGCGAGCGCGCCCGCGCCGGCUGCGAGCCCGUCCUGCUCCGCUACAGCCACGCCUGGCCCGACAGCCUGGCCUGCGACGAGCUGCCCGUCUACGACCGCGGCGUCUGCAUCUCCCCCGAGGCCAUCGUCACCGCCGAGGGCGCGGAUUUCCCUAUGGAUUCUAAUAACGGCAACUGUGGAGGUGCCAGCAUUGACCGCUGCAAGUGCAAGCCUGUGAAGGCCACCCAGAAGACCUACCUGCGCAACAACUACAACUAUGUCAUUCGGGCUAAAGUGAAGGAGGUGAAGACUAAAUGUCACGAUGUCACUGCAGUGGUGGAGGUGAAGGAGAUCCUAAAAUCUUCCCUGGUGAACAUUCCAAAGGACACCGUGAACCUUCACACGAAUUCUGGCUGUCUGUGCCCACCCCUCAGUGCCAAUGAAGAGUACAUCAUCAUGGGCUACGAGGAUGAGGAGCGCUCCAGGUUACUCUUGGUGGAAGGCUCCAUAGCUGAGAAGUGGAAGGAACGGCUUGGUAAAAAAAUAAAGCGCUGGGAUCAGAAGCUCCGGCACGCGGGGAAGGGCAAGGGCGAGGCCGGCCACGGCGGCGCGCGGCAGGCACGCAGCUGAGGGGGAGCCGCGCGUGGCGUGCGGGGACUGUGCCGAGACUGCGCGCCUGGAGCGGCGGAGGAGCAAUUGCACUAUUGCACGUUAUAUUCUAUUGUUUACUACUAAAUAAUGGUCUCGCUUUGGUUAGUUCUUGUUCUCCCUCUUGUUUUCCGCCUUCUUCUUUUUGGAUAUGUGCAAGUUCUGGGAAAUGUGUAUUUUUUUUUUCUGUUGCUAAGAACUGUAGAAAACUGCCCUUAUGAGAUGAAGAGAGACAAGGACACCUUCAAUUUACCUUUUUAUCUCCUGAAUCUUCUUUGGGAGGAAAUUCUGGUGCAAGCAAGAAUGAAAUUUGGCAAAGACCAUUGCUUAAAGUCAUGACUCACACUGGCUUUUCCCUGUUCACUCUUUCUUGGUCACUGUUUGCUGAAACUUGCUCUGUUUUGGCUAUGUUGUUAUCUGUUAUCGUUUUUUAUUCUGAAAUACAUAAAAAGUUUUGUUAAGAGAACUGUUUGAACCAGCACAGCUUUAUAAAGUUUUCUUACAGAUAAACCACUUGGAUAAGUCAGAGUCUAACUUUAAAUAUUUCCUGCAACAAACACAAUGUGCCUGUACACAGGGAACCUGGGUUUUCUAGUGCUUUGGACCUUGAAGGAAAGAUUGUCUAGUUCUGGAACCAUAAUUUAUAACAUGCUUCUUCUCUUGUAAUGGCAGUUUUUCUCCCCUUUUCCCAGCUGAGUUAUAGGAGUAGACAGACUCACCAGGCCUGCCUCUCAGUACAGGUCUGCAGUUUAGCCUUUUCAUUUUGUGUUUUAUCCUUAAAUCCGUGCCUACAUAAACAAGUGUUCAAUGCUCAGUAACAUAUGUCCAAUAAAGGAAUUGUAGUCGCCAA